AUGGACUACAGUGCAGGUGACCUGGUUUCGCAUGGCAAACUCCGCAAAAUCACCUCCUUUCGCCGGAGGCCAAAUGCUGGUCGCCGCGGCUCAAGCGCAGAUGGGGCCGGGUCAGAUGCGUCUUCAACUAUAUCUACUCCAGGCGAAGCUCUUCCGCAGAUGUCAAGAGACCGCAGCUACUUACAAGACCUCGUUCAAACUCCCUCAAGACGAUCCAGCGACCCUCAAGCUGGUGACCAUGGCCCACGGGGCAUCAGCGUCGUCCACUCACCUCUCAAUGAACCCCAUAGAGCGAACAUUGUCUUCGUCCAUGGACUAGGGGGCACGAGCCGGAAGACUUGGUCCAAGGACGCGGACCCGGCCUUGUUCUGGCCACUCCAGUUUCUGCCGCUGGAAUCGGAUCUCCGCAUGGCUCGAAUCCUAACCUUUGGCUACAAUGCUGAUUUCCAGAAGCCGGGGAGCGUGAACACGUCGGUGUUGGACUUUGCCAAAGAGCUCUUAUUUGACCUGAAGCAUGCGAGAAAUGAGCAGGGAGAGGAAUUGGAUAUGGAAAAGGUUCCCCUGAUAUUUGUCGUUCAUAGCAUGGGCGGACUUAUUAUUAAAGAGGCCUAUAUACAAGGGCAGCACGAUCCGCAAUAUGAAGAUAUAAUCAGGGCCAUCUCCGCCAUAAUAUUCCUUUCUACGCCUCACCGCGGCACCAAUCUCGCCCAAACACUCAACCGUAUCUUGCAGUCAACACUGGGCGUUACUAGUGCCAAGUAUUAUGUAUCAGAAUUGAGCAAAAGUUCUUUUACUCUGCAAAGAUUAAACGAGCAGUUUCGUCACAUCGCCCCCUCGCUCGACAUUGUCUCCUUUUAUGAGACUCUUCCCACCCCGAUCGGCUUCAAGAACACCAAGGUUAUGGUCCUAGAGAAAGAAUCUUCUGUCCUAGGAUACCCAGGAGAAAUCUCAAAGCCCUUGACUAACGCAGAUCAUCAUGGGGUAUGCAAAUAUGAAAGCCCAGAUGACCCAAACUACGUGACCGUCAGGAACGUCCUAAAGUCGCUUUUCAGCAAGAUACUCGCCAGCCAAGCACGACGCGGCCUCGAAGGACAAGAAAUGGCAGGUGGGAAGGGGCGCCGACAUUCAACAGACCUGCGGACGAUUUUGGGCAUUACGGAGCUCCCAAACACAGACUACGCCUUCUUUAGAGAUCAAUGGGUCGAGGGAACUGGCCAGUGGUUGUUACAGGAUCAAGCGUACCGCCAAUGGCUGCUGUCUCCCAACCAGUCGCCAAGCAUCAUAUGGCUGACGGGUAGUGCAGCGGCAGGAAAAUCUGUCCUGGCCUCGACAGUCAUCGACAGUCUUGUCGGAGAUGCCGCCGAGGGCUACUGCCAGUACUUCUUCAUACGCUUUGCGGACCGCAAGAAGCGUACGCUCAGCCUAGUCCUCAGAUCGCUAGCCUACCAGAUGGGACUUAACGUGCCUGGAUUUCAGCAACAGGUUUUGGACUUCGCAGAUGAGGCCAUCGGGUUUGACACAGCUGACUCACGGACCAUUUGGGAAUGCAUCAAGUCUGCGCUUUCCGGCAUGGAUAUGAUUAGCAGGCCCAUCUUCUGGAUCAUCGAUGGGAUUGAUGAGGCUGAGAAACCUCGCACAUUACUGAAAUAUCUCGCCGACCUGCAUUCAAUCCACUUGCCAAUUCGAGUCUUGCUGGUCGGUCGACGCACCAACGAGCUGGACGCCGAGUUUCAAAGGCUGCCUGCCGCGAGAUUUGGAUAUGAGGCAAAACCUGAUAGAGCGUGUUAUGGAAGGAGCACAGAACAAUUUCCUGGCAAGUUCACACCUCCCAACCGCAACUUUUUUGCAUCCACAACCAUGACUUCCAAGGCUAUUACUGACAGAUCUGGCGGCUGGCAGUGGGUGCACCUAGCAGUAGAGCGGCUGAACUCUUGCUACACGCAAGUCGACGCAGAGGUGGCAUUAGAAGAGUUGCCUGGCGGUAUGAAGGCUUUGUACGACCGCAUGGCAGCGUCUAUCUCGGCCAAGUCUUCACCAGAAAGAGAGUUCGCAACCAAGCUUCUGAACUUUGCCGCAUGUUCUGUCCGCACGCUCAAGGUUAUCGAGCUGUCACAGGCCCUGGGCAAGGACGACUUUUUCGACAUGCAGAGAACUGUGGCGGAUCUGUGCGGCGGCUUCGCGGUCAUUGACAACGGUGGAAACUUUACUCUGGUCCACCACUCAGCCCGAGAGUACCUCCUAGACCCUGAAAGCAACAGCAUUCGGGCGUUCGGACUGGCACGGAGUGAGGCGCACAGGACAAUAUUUCUCAGUUGUAUGCGCAGCUUGACAGCCACAGGCCUGCGGGGGCAAAUCGGGCGCGGCAGUAUGCCCGAGUUUGUCAAUUACGCCGCCGGUGAUUGGUCAUCACACCUGGUAGCAGCUCCGGUAGGCUGCAGAGAAACGGCAAACGCGAUGCGGAAAUUUUUGUCCGGUCCCUGGGUGCUGAUCUGGAUACAUCUCCUCGCGACCACCGAGCGCCUAGGCGUGCUCGUUCGGGCCUCCAAGAACCUCUCAAGGUUUGCCGCCGCUGCAAGAGAGCACGAUGCUCUAAGCGGAGAUACUCACCAGAAGAUUAAAGAGCUGGAGCUUUUGGAGUCCUGGGCUGUGGACUUCACUAAGUUGGCCGGUAAGUUUGGCGGAAACUUGCGCCGGAAUCCACAAUCAAUAUACAAAGCAGUGCCAGCUCUCUGUCCACACGACUCGGCCGUAUAUCAGCAAUUUGGGAAGAUUGAACCACGAGCCUUGACUGUCUCUGGCUUUUCGAGCAACAAUUGGGAUGACUCGCUCGGCCGUCUUUCUUUUGGGUUCCGCAAUUAUGCAGCCUUUAUUCAAGUCGCAGGUGCACACGUCUUCAUCCUCAUAUCUUCGGGCACAGUCUUGAUAUACAACUCGGUCACCCUGGAUCACCAUUCAACUAGCCCAAUCAAGCAUGGCGAACGUCUAUACAGGAUGCAAGCGAACAGCAGGGGCACUACCCUGGUUACCUAUGGUUAUCGCACCACCAAAGUAUGGCAAGUAUCCUCCGGAGUAUGUACCGCGACAGUUCCAAACAUCGAGAUUGGCCUGCGGCCACUAGUUAUGCUUCUCAAGGGCAACACCCUCUUUGUUGGAACUGAUGACAGAUGUAUCCGAAUGCUAGACCUCGGUCAGCAGUCGCCGGUAUGGACUCUGGUUGCAGAGUUAGAGGAACAGGAGUUGGAAGGGCAUUUCCUGAACGCGGCAAGCCACAUGGCCCUGAACAAGGAUGGAACAAUGGUCACGGUUGCUUACCGCGGCCAUCCACUUUCAGCCUGGGAAGCCGAUGGCCCUACCCACAUUGGCCAUCUGUGGAAGAAAGACGCUCGUUAUCGAGGAGAGGUGCUGGAGGCCAUUUGGCACCCGCAUGAGCCACAGGUAUACGGUCUUUACACUACAGGCCAAAUAUUCCAGUGGUUGCCGUACUAUAACGAGGUUGAGGAGAAGUCUAUUGGCGCUAAGAAAAUGGCCAUGAGCCCAGACGGGAACCUCCUUGCUACUAGCGACGCGCGAGGAGCGGUUAAAAUCCUCACUACAUCAACCCUCACGAUUAUAUACCAAGUGGCUGCCCAGGACCUCGUUGUGGGUCUUGCGUUCAGCCCAGACCUUCGCCGUAUUUAUGAUCUUAGAGGAGAUUAUGGCAAUGUCUGGGGGCCGAACGCUCUGCUGAGAUAUGCCGAGCCGACGGGGCAAGGGACCGACGCUGAAAGCGAGCUUGAAAGCUUAGCUCCUAGCUCCAACAUUUCCGAGAUAACCCCUCGAUGGGUUGAUCCCAUCAUAGCACUAGAGCCUUCGCCAGUCGGCCGUCUGUACUGCUGCAACACCGAAAAGGGGGUGGUGACGCUGCACGACGCGCUGCGCGGCACGGCCACAAUUUUGCACACUUCUCCCGUUUUGUUUGGCAGCAACCUCAUGACUUGGAGCCUCGACGGCAAGUGGCUGUGUUUUGCCGACCCAAGUAUGAGCAUCUACAUUGUUUCUGUACAAGCCGGUACCAGCGGUUCUGAUGCGAUUAUUGGACCCCCUGUGGCUGUAUCCAUGCAAGGAAACACGAGAGGGCCCAUACUGCAGCUCAUAUUCCAACCAGACGGGAGCCACAUAAUAGUUCACACCGAAUCCACGGUUCAUCUAAUAUCAACGGCAGCCUCUGCUAUUUCCAAGUCGGCAUCGGUGGGAACGACCAAGUGUAGCUGGAUAGUCCACCCCCAAAAUCCUGCACUAAUCGUAGGAUUAGGGCCCAAGUCAGCCCAUGUGCUCGAUUGGGACCUGGUCGAACAUGAGACUUACAACAUCAGUUACCCGACUGGUCAUGAAAUUGAUAACCAACACUCGACAACCACAACAGGUCCUCCGUCUCAGACACAUGCACUUGAGCGCGUGUUGGUGACGCACGACAAGAAGCGCAUACUCGUUCAGCUCGCUGCCGCGGAAGGAAUUGUUGGAGAAAAGACCUUUUUAUCCCUAGAAGCCAGUUCUCUCUUGUCAAAUGCUGCACCGCAGCAUAAUACCCCUGCAGCAACAGUGAGGGCCGAGACAAAGGUCAUCAGGCCCGUCAUCCUUGACAUGGCAGUCUCCUCGGAGAUAUCCCUGGCGCUGGGAUUCUCGCCAAGCAACCGGCUGGUCUACUUAUCCAGGUCGUUUCAAGUAUGUCUUUGGAGUAUGUCGGCGGUAUCACAACCGCCUCCAAAGGCUAAGUCGACGCACGCCAACCAGGGGCCCACGGUGCCUGGAUCAGAGAUCUUCUCCCUACCAGGAGACUGGAUAAGCAGGGAAUGUGUUCGGCUAUGCUGCCUGUGGCCAGAUGAGAAGGCCAUCCUGUGUCCGCGCAAUGGAGAAGUUGGCGUCAUCCGGAGCUCGGCGCUGGGAUGA